UGGCUACGCAGGUCACGUGACAUUACGUCUGUCAACGUGAGUGGGCACUGUUGGGCAGGGAAGCAGCUGGAUGUACGCGAGCCGUGACCUGCAAUUAUUCAUAUUCUAUUUUUAUUUAUACAGACGCGCUUUUUUUAAUAGGCGUUGAAGUCACGAGAAACCAGUGCACCCGCUUUUCUGAACUCAUGCGUGAAACUAUACGUUUGCUAGCCUAGCUUUAGCUUAAUGGAACUGAGAGGCUAGCUCGGGGGCUAGCUAGGUGUAGCAUCUCAGCCGCUGGCUCUAAUAUUUCACUAUAGACGUAUGUCUGUCGCCAAAAUGUAACUUCUGGUUGACCUGCACUGUCAAACACAUUUCAAACAAGUGAUAAUACUGGUAUGGUCUGUUUGACGAGCUACAUGACAUGGUUAUUUGGCAUGUCCUUUACGCGUUAGCUCGCAGAUCCAGCGAAGAUUCCCUGUCGAGACAGGAACAGUUUUCACCACUGCACGGACCAUCGGAACUAGCCACUGGGUUUUAAUGCUGCUGUGUGUAGACUAGUCAAUUACAGCUAGCAGUUGUUACAACUUGUAAUAACCUUUGGGAGCGACAGCUUUACUUCUCAUGACAACACCGCUAUGACUGCAUGCAUGUCUGAAGCAGGAGAAUGAGUGGGCGCUUGGAAGGGAAAGGAUGCCACCAUCUUUCACCGAAAACCGUCCAGCUUAACAUAUCGAUUAGCUGACCAACACUUGCUGGAGAGGACUGGGAAGCACACAGAGUCCGUGUGAGAAGCUACUGCUCUCGGCUUUGUCAAUUAGUCUAGCUCUUCUGUACCAUGGCUGCUGUUGGUGGUGUCAACAUGCUCGGAGACGUGGCACUGGCAGGUCCAGCAGGGCUGCCCGCCGUGUCCUUUACCAACACGUCGGUUUCCGCCAACCCGACGUCAGGUACUGAUAACCGGGGGUGCGAGAAUGGCGCCUUGAUGGACUCGUUUGGGAUUUUCCUGCAAGGACUUCUGGCUGUGGUGGCUUUCAGCACACUGAUGUUGAAACGCUUCAGGGAGCCAAAGCAUGAGAGGAGACCCUGGAGGAUCUGGUUCCUGGACACUUCAAAACAGGCCAUUGGGAUGCUGUUUAUCCACUUUGCUAAUGUCUACUUGUCAGACCUCACAGAGGAGGAUCCUUGCUCACUAUACCUCAUUAACUUCCUGUUGGAUGCUUCUCUGGGCAUGCUGCUGAUCUAUGCAGGGGUGAGAGCCGUCAGUGCUAUUGUAGAGUGGAGGCAAUGGGACUCUCUGCGCUUUGGAGAAUACGGAGAACCAGUGCAGUGCACAGCGUGGUUGGGCCAGUGUAUCCUCUACAUCCUCAUCAUGAUGUUUGAGAAAGUCCUUAUCAUGCUGGUCCUCCUCAUCCCCCAGUGGAAGAAGCUGGCUCUCCUCAACCCCAUACAGAAUCCUGACCUGGAACUGGCCAUCGUCAUGCUCAUCGUUCCUUUCUUCAUCAACGCCCUCAUGUUCUGGGUGGUAGAUAAUUUCCUAAUGAAGAAGCACAGGACAAAAGCAAAGCUGGAGGAGAGAGAGGAGGACUCACGGGGGAACAGCAAGGUGCGCUACAGGCGUGCUCUGUCCCAUGAUGACUCAGAGUCGGAGAUCCUUUUCUCAGCAGACGAUGAAAUGGAUGAGUCGGAUGAAGACGAUGUCCGUCGGCUCACCGGCCUGAAGAUGGUGAAGAAGAAGAAGAAGCUACGCAUGGGGAUCCCUGUUUGACCUGUGUGUGUCGGUCACAAGAUCAAAUAUUCUCUGGUAGCUGUUCACCUCGCAGGCGCGGGCAUACACUCUCCUCGUACCUCCUCAGAUUCUGUGUCAGCCUUAUGAGCUGGCAUAGGAUGUCCUUUGAUGACAGAGGAAUAUGCUUUGAUUGAAUUCCCUUUACUUUUGACUCCUGGAGGACUUCUGCAUAAACUGUGUCUGACCAGGGAUUUAAUGAAACAUUCUGGGAGAUAGUUUUGCAGUUAACCAGGUACUUCAGAUCACUGUUGCAAUUUGACACAACACUCCCGGGGCGAGUGUUGUGUUUAAAGACACUGUUUGGGAAUAAGAAUCCCACCAUGAACAAACAUAAUGUCGUUAACUCCUUUAUGUACGUUAACACUGGUUUAAUACGGUUUGGACUUCGGUGGCUGUGUAUGUGGGAGCAGCGGUCCAGGAUCAGGUGGGUUGGACAAAUCUAAUCGGCCCAACAUCAUGCAAACAAAACUGUACAAUGGGUUUGUUAUAUUUGAUAGUCUUAAUAUUUCCUCUAAAGUGAUUGUAUUCCUGAUGUAGAUUCUAUGUGAACUUGGUCCAUUGUUUUCUCAUACAGAUGUACCACCACGGCCUGUGAUGCACAUGUGUGUAUCUGUUCGUGCGUGUGUCUGUAUGUGUGUGUACAGUUGGACAAACCUCUAAUUUAGAGAAGCACUACGUCAAAAUGUUUGAAUCACUGUAUUGAUGCAACUUUAAACACUUUCCAGCAGUUACACCCUAAACUACUGCAUAUCUUGUAUGUAAUGUUACUCAUGUCAAAGGGAGCACAUUAAUGCUUGCAGCAACCUUCCAUUUGUGUCUCCUGACAGUCCUUUCAACUGUUAAACCUGUAGGGCUGCAAGUACCACACAACAUCGUCCCUCGCAUAUCAACUCCAACGGCAGUUCUCAGUUUGUUUGUGACUGUUUUACUCAUGUGUUCUUUGUCUUUGAAUGUCUUUUGUCUCACUUUAGGUUGUCGGGUUCUUUUUGUAUAGUUUUGAGGGUUUGUUUCUGGCCAAAAAGGUGACUAUGCUUGUUCCAAAAGUGUUCUUUAUUCCUUAACUCCAACAGGGAGUGUAGAUAUGGGAACCAUUUAUUGCACAAUUUCCCAUUUAUCACAGCGUUCACCUUUCCUUUUGUGUGAUUGUUGUUGUUUUGUUACAAUAAUGUGCCUGAGUGAAAUUACCAGCAGGUGUUUGUUUGUUUUUUUGUUGGUUAGUUUUUUUUUGUUUUUAUUUACUGUUUUAUCCAGAGCUCCAGAUGUUCAGGCAUGAAGCAGCAUUCAGCAGGCUCUGAUGUUAAGAAUGUGACAUGCAUAGACCUCUAAACUGUUAAGUGACUGUGGACCAGACAGUCGAAAGAAAGGGUGUGUGUGUGUGUGUGUGUGUUUUUGUGUGUGCAUGCCAGUGUAUAUAUACAGUAUACCUGCAUGUACUGGUGUGUGCUGGAUGCAUGUGUGUAUAGAUGGUGUGGCUGCUGGUCCUCUUUAAAGUAAAUGGAGAGUGACAUAUACUGUGACGAGUAUGACGAUUGUGAUGAUUUAAUUAUGAUAUUUUUGGCAUGUUGGCAAGGAAUAAAUGACUGCAUUUUAAAGGAGGGAAGUACAGCAUCUUGCAGCAGUUAUGUUAACACUCAGCUUAGCCAGGACAAAGAGGGCUUUUAGUAUUUUGCAAAGUGAAACUACUAGAUCAGAGGUUUUCAGAGUGGGAGGUGGGCCUCCCCAGCAGUACUCCAAACAGUUUCAGGGGUGGCUCAGUGAAUGGAAGUGAAAAAUAUUACAUUAGUUAGCAAAAGAAAAUCACAUAGAAUAGCCUAAAUGGAAGUGAUUUGGUUGGACAUCGUUCAGAGAUAUAGUAGUUUUGGGGAAUUUUACUGUUUUUCCCACUUUCAUUAACUAAAAAAUUCUUUUUUAUGUAGAAUGAAUUUAUGUCAAACAGCAAUAUUAGGCUAUUUUAGCUCAAUGUUUUAGUGUCUAUGGGAUCAAACAUAUUCAUAAUCCCAUAGGCACUCAAAAAUGUAGCAAGUAAACUAAUGGGUGGUGAGGGGGUACCUUUUUCUGUGGAGGCCCACACACAGACUUUGCAAACCCCUCUUCUAGAUGAUUAUAAAGUCGAGUGAGGGAGGUAAAUUAUCAUUCUAAAUGCUUUUCCAAUAAAGGAUGUGAUACCCUA